UAAUAUUUCUCACAGUUAUUAAAAAAAUAUAUAUCCCAGCAGGGAAGAAAUCUCCAGCAAAGAUGGUGUCAGUGAAGCAAAGCCGUAUAGUUGCAGGGUGGUUUGUUAUAGCCUUCCACCUCUUACUUCUACUUGAUUAUUCUUCUGCGGCAGCCCCUCAAGGCCCUCCUGCAACACCUAAAGGCCCUUCAACAGCCCCUCAAGGCCCUUCUGUAGCCCCUAAAGGCCCUUCAGCAGCCCCUCAAGGGCCUGCUGGAGCCCCUCAAGGCCCUUCUGGAGCGCCCGGGGCGUGUAAGCCUGUGAAAGUGGAAGUCACGGAAGAAUAUGUGGGGAUGGACAAUGGCAUAGUCAGUGUCAACUUUAGCAAAUCAACCGGUUCUAUUAUAGGGAUUAAAUACCAAGGAAUUGAAAAUUUAUUGUCAACUACUAAUAAAAUAACAGACAGGGGAUAUUGGGACAUCGAUUGGAACAGACCGAACGUGAAAGCCAGUUCAUCUUUUAAGAUUCUAGCAACAAAUUUCACGGUGAUAUCGCAAGCUGAAAAUCAAGCUGAGGUUUCCUUCACGAAAGUAUUCAAGACCGGUGAUGAAGCUGAUAUUCCCAUCAACUUUGACAAAAGGUUUAUUAUGCUACCGGGAGUUUCUGGUUUCUAUACAUACGCAAUAUACGAUCACCCGAAAGGAGCCCCCGACGUUGAUAUUGAUCAAACAAGGAUUGUAUUCAAGCUAAGCACGACCUCGUUCAAAUAUUUGGCUGUAUCCGAUGAAAUUCAAGGAGAAAUGCCAAGUUAUGCAGAGCGAGAGGCCGGUCAAAUACUUGACUACAAAGAAGCUGUUUUACUAAAAGAAACUGAAAAUCCUAAGCUCAAAGGGAAGGUGGACGAUAAAUAUACUUUCGCAUUAGAAAGUCAAGAUAUGGGUGUAUAUGGAUGGAUUUCCCCUAAACCACACGUAGGGUUCUGGGUGAUCACGGCAAGUAAUGAAUUCCGUUUGGGUGGACCUAUAAAGCAAGAUCUCACUUGUCAUUGCGGUCCUUUUGCCUUAUCGAUGUUUCUUAGCGCUCAUUAUGCUGGGGAGAACUGGGGGAUUAGGCUGCGAAAUGGUGAGGCUUGGAGAAUGGUUUUUGGCCCAGUUUUUGCAUAUCUCAACUCAGAUACAGGCACCGACCAUAAAGCCCUCUGGGAAGAAGCCAAGAAAAAAAUGUUAGAAGAAACCAAAAGUUGGCCGUACAGUUUCAUAAAAUCAGAAGACUAUCCUAUUAAACGAGGAACAGUUAGCGGUCGAUUGCUAAUCCAUGAUGUGGCCGUGAGUAAAACUGAUACGCCGGCAAAAUCUGCACACGUUGGGCUAGCUGCACCUGGGGCGCCUGGAUCAUGGCAAUUUGACGCCAAGAGCUAUCAGUUCUGGACUCGAACAGACGACACUGGGAACUUCAAGAUUGGUGCUAUUAGGCCUGGAACGUACAGCUUAUACGCAUGGGCUCCUGGACAUCUCGGAGACUUUAUACACAAGGCUAAUCUUACCAUCAAACCAGGGGAUGAUAUUAAGGUUGGUGAUCUUGUUUUUACUCCUCCAAGAAACGGUACAACGUUGUGGGAAAUUGGCACUCCAGAUCGGAGGGCUGCGGAGUUCUUCAUCCCUGAUCCUGUCCCUGAACUACAGAACUCCCUACUAAGCAAUGGCUCAGAAAAGUGGAGACAAUAUGGAUUAUGGAACCGCUAUACAGACCUUUAUCCCAAGACUGAUUUAGUUUACAAUGUUGGUAAAAGUGAUCCUGCAAAAAAUUGGUUUUAUGCUCAUGUUAACAGGUAA